AUGUCUGAUAAUGAAGACAAGAAGGCCUCAGCCCUGGAAUCUUAUGUUAAGCUUUUAUACAUUCCUUUCACCAGUUUUGAUGGAGAUGAUUUUGAUGAUGUGGAAGAAGAUGAAGGACUAGAUGAUCUGGAAAAUGCAGAGGAGGAGGGUCAGGAAAAUGUGGAAAUCCUGCCAUCUGGAGAGCGGCAGCAGGCAAACCAGAAACGGAUCACCACACCCUAUAUGACCAAAUAUGAGCGGGCCAGAGUUCUUGGCACCCGUGCCCUCCAGAUAGCCAUGUGUGCCCCGGUGAUGGUAGAACUGGAAGGAGAGACUGACCCCUUGCUGAUUGCAAUGAAAGAGCUGAAAGCUCGGAAGAUUCCCAUAAUUAUCCGCAGGUACCUGCCAGAUGGAAGUUAUGAAGACUGGGGUGUGGAUGAAUUAAUUAUCACGGAUUGACCAGCUUCCUUUCCGUACUUCGGCUCCCCUUUCCCACAAACAUUUUUAUUUUUGUGUAAAUAAAUACUAAUAUCC